UCCGUGAGAGUCGAAGAAAAACCUUUAGCCCGCUAUCUCCCUCCAUUUCCCGCUCCGAGGCUCUGCAGCUACCAUUUCGAGUUCACUCCGGAACCUCCCCAGCAUAUGCAAUUGGAGUUUUUGGGCGGUUCUUCCGUUCUCAGGUCGCCACAUUUGGGUCCUUACAGGCACACGAUGGCAGCCUUUGGUGCUCUUUCACUAUGUCCCUGCAGCCCCCUGCCGCGCCCACGUACCAUUUAUUGUUACAGUGGUACUCCUAAAGUUUUAGGCAAUAAUGUCUCUAGAGUACACCGCAAAAGACCGGGAAGAUUAGAAGGUGCUAGAAAAAGCAUGGAAGAUUCUGUUAAACGCAAGAUGGAACAGUUUUAUGAAGGUUCAGAUGGUCCGCCCCUCCGUGUUCUUCCAAUUGGCGGCCUUGGUGAAAUUGGGAUGAAUUGUAUGCUUGUUGGGAAUUAUGACCGUUACAUUUUGAUUGAUGCUGGUGUCAUGUUUCCUGACCACGAUGAGCUUGGUGUUCAGAAAAUUAUACCCGAUACCACAUUCAUCAGAAGAUGGAGUCACAAAAUUGAAGCUGUUGUCAUUACACAUGGUCAUGAAGAUCACAUUGGUGCGUUGCCAUGGGUAAUUCCAGCUUUGGAUUCCCAUACACCAAUUUACGCUUCAUCCUUUACAGUGGAGCUAAUAAAAAAGCGUCUGAAGGAAAAUGGGAUUUUUGUUCCUUCUAGACUUAAGGUGUUUAAGAUGAGAAAGAGAUUCACAGCUGGGCCAUUUGAAAUAGAGCCAAUUAGGGUUACCCAUUCCAUUCCUGAUUGUUGUGGAUUGGUUCUUCGAUGUGCUGAUGGUACAAUUCUUCAUACUGGAGACUGGAAGAUUGAUGAGUCCCCAUUGGAUGGUAAAGUCUUUGAUCGAGAAACUUUGGAAGAAUUAUCAAAAGAAGGAGUUACUCUUAUGAUGAGUGACUCAACAAAUGUACUAUCUCCUGGAAGGACGAUUAGUGAGUCUGUGGUGGCAGAUGCUCUUUUAAGACGUAUCUCUGCAGCUAAAGGAAGGGUCAUCACGACUCAAUUUGCUUCAAAUAUACACCGCCUUGGAAGUGUGAAAGCAGCCGCUGAUUUAACUGGUAGAAAGUUGGUAUUUGUUGGGAUGUCUUUAAGGACAUAUCUGGAGGCAGCCUGGAAGGAUGGAAAGGCACCAAUUGACCCAUCGACCUUGGUAAAAGUGGAGGACAUUGAAGCCUAUGCACCAAAAGAUUUAUUGAUUGUCACAACUGGCUCACAAGCAGAACCACGUGCUGCCCUAAAUCUUGCAUCGUAUGGAAGUAGUCACUCUCUCAAACUGAGCAAGGAAGAUAUGAUUUUGUAUUCGGCCAAGGUUAUUCCUGGUAAUGAAUCUAGAGUGAUGAAAAUGUUGAACCGUAUAUCAGAGAUUGGAUCAAAUAUAAUCAUGGGCAAGAAUGAGUUGCUGCACACAUCUGGUCAUGCAUAUCGUGGAGAAUUGGAGGAAAUACUACAAAUUGUUAAACCGCAGCAUUUUUUACCCAUUCAUGGAGAGCUUUUAUUCCUUAAGGAGCAUGAGCUGCUGGGCCGGUCGACAGGCAUCCGACACACAACUGUGAUUAAAAAUGGAGAAAUGCUUGGAGUAUCUCAUUUGAGAAACAGAAGAGUUUUAUCCAAUGGUUUCACCUCUCUCGGGAAGGAGAAUUUACAGUUGAAGUAUAGUGAUGGUGAUAAAGCAUUUGGAUCCUCAUCUGAGCUCUUUGUUGACGAGAGACUAAAGAUUGCAACAGAUGGCAUAAUAGUGGUCAGUAUGGAAAUCUUGCGACCUCAAAGUAUAGACGGUUUAAAUGAGACUGUCAUCAAAGGAAAACUAAGAAUCACUACUCGAUGCUUAUGGCUCGACAAGGGGAAGCUUUUAGAUGCACUUCACAAAGCCGCUCAUGCAGCACUUUCAAGUUGCCCCGUAAAUUGUCCUCUAGCUCACAUGGAAAGAACUGUGUCUGAACUUUUGAAGAAGAUGGUUAGAAAAUACAGUGGUAAGAGGCCUGAAGUCAUAGUCUUGGCUGUGGAGAACCCUGGAGGAGUUCUAUCCGAACAGCUUGGUAGAAGGCUUUCAGGGAAGUCCGAUACUAGAUUCGGGAUGUCAGCACUGAGAAAAGCAGUUGUUGGACAGCCAACUAAGUGCCACUUAAACGGCAUAAGACCAGAUGGAAAUGACGAUUUGCAUUCUGAGGAUAACUCAAGUCAGGAGUCCCAAGGUUAUUAUAUUGAACCUGGAAGCCUACUUCCUGAAGAAGACUACAAUUCCUCAAACUCCAACUUGACAGAGACACAAUCCUCCGAUACCGAGGACAUGGAAGAUUUCUGGACACCGUUUAUCACGCCAUCCUCUCCUGUUAAUGAAUUGGUAAAGGAGAAUGAGGGUUCUGUUCAACCAUCAAAAAAUACGCUGGAGAUUUCAAACGGACUGAAAACAUCAAAUUCUUCGGAGAAGCCUUUGAGGCCUUUGAAGCCUGUUAAAAGCAAUAAAUGGAAACCUGAGGAGAUGAAGAGACUUAUAAAAUUACGUGGCCAAUUGCAUGCCAGGUUUCAAGUUGCCAAGGGACGAAUGGCAUUAUGGGAAGAGAUAUCCACAUGUAUGUUGGGUGAUGGAAUGAAUCGGAGUCCAGGACAGUGCAAAUCCAUGUGGGCAUCUCUGGUUCAGAAAUAUGAGCAGGAUAGCAAACGUGAAAAGACAAUCAAGAAAAGUUGGCCAUACUUGGAGGAAAUGGACGCCAUAUUGUCUGAUUCAGAGGCAGUAGCAUCAAAAUAAGAGGAUUUUGAAGAAAACUUAGUAAUAUUUAUUCCAUACAGCCUGGAGAAACGACCCAUUUGGCAUUUUUACAUGAACAUUGGCUCCUGCAGCGGAGGAAUGGGCAAAAUGUAUUGGGACCUGGCGAACAUGUGAAUCAAACGAAAUGGAAACUCCACAACUCGUACAUUUUAGGGAAAUUUAUAUGCCAAUUUUGUUAUGCUUGGUCUUCAAUGGGCCGUUCUUUGGGCCUGGCCCUGAAUGUCGUUUACCACGAGUAGUUUACUUCGUGGAGAAGGCGACACGUGUUACGUGUAAAUGUAUUGAGGGAAGGAAUAAACGUUUUAAACACUGGUUCCACGUGAUGCA